AUGCUCGCCAGAAUCUUCAAGAACACCAAGAGCAACGCCGCCCCUAAGAUCAGAGUCUACCACAACUGCAGCCCUUUACUGCGCCAACUUUACUCGAAGUUGCACAACCACUGCAACGAGAAGUACCAAAUUGAUUUGCAAAAGAAGCAGACCAUCUCCGAAGAUGACUUCAAGUUCUUGAUGGAUGUCGUCGACGUGCACCCCGACAACAAGAACAUCAUUUACAACUUAUUUGAAAAGCACCCGUCACAGGAUUUGACUAUCGAAGACUUCAAGUCGAUCCAGGCACCCUUAAUCAUUGACUACAAGAACAAGUUGGUGGCUGCCGACUGCGUCAGCUUUGACCGGGUGUUGAGCAACUACGCCACCUGUGGCAUGCAAAACUUUACCAAUGACACGCUCGUGCCUACUGCCCUCAAGGUCACGCUGACCAUCGAAGCGUUGAAGGGUCAGUUGGCUUAA